CUCCGCCGCGCCCAGCCGCCAGGGCAGCGGCCCAGCCCCAUUCAAACCGCAGGCAGCGCUCGGACGCCCGCUGGCUCUAGAGCUAAGGGAGAGCUGUCUUGCUGAGUGAGUUAACUGAAAGGAUGUUGGCAACCAGACUGUCCCGGCCUCUCCUGAACUUCUCUGUGAAAACCCUUAAUGUCAAGGACCCAGGGAAUGGCUUCAGGCCUGUGCAAAAAUUUUACUUCCCUCUCUUGUCCCGAUGUGGCAGCCGCUCUUAUGCAAGUGAAGUUGAUCAGAUUGGCAGCAGAGCUGUACUUAUAACAGGUUGUGAUUCAGGGUUUGGAUUUGCCUUGGCCAAGCACCUGCACACCAAAGGCUUCAUUGUUUAUGCUGGCUGCCUGCAAAAGGACAAGGGAAAUGGUGGCUCCAAGGAUCUCGACAACAUGAACAGUGAUCGAAUGAGAACUGUCCAGCUCAAUGUCUGUGACAGCAAAGAAGUGGACCGAGCAGUGGAGCAAGUGAACAGCAGCCUGGAGGAUCCUGAGAAAGGUCUCUGGGGGCUGGUUAACAAUGCUGGAAUUUCCACAUUCGGGGAGGUAGAGUUCACCAGCAUGGACACCUACAUGGAAGUAGCUGAGGUGAACCUAUGGGGGACAGUGCGAACUACCAAGGCUUUCCUUCCGCUCAUACGGAGAUCGAAAGGUCGUGUAGUGAACAUCAGUAGCAUGAUGGGUCGGAUGGGCAGUCCUGCCCGGUCACCAUACUGCAUCACUAAGUUUGGUGUGGAAGCCUUCUCUGACUGCCUGCGGUACGAGAUGCAGCCUCAGGGGGUGAUGGUCAGCAUCGUGGAGCCCGGCAACUUCAUAGCUGCCACGAACCUGUACAGCCCCGAGAGAAUCAAAGCCAUAGCUGACAAGAUGUGGGACGAGCUCCCUGAGAUAGUGCGCAAGGACUAUGGCAGGAAGUACUUUGAUGAGCAGGUCAGCAAGAUGGAGACAUACUGCAACAGUGGCUCGACAGACACCUCACCUGUCAUUGAAAGUGUUGCCCAUGCACUCACCUCCACAACCCCUUACACCCGUUACCACCCCAUGGAUUACUACUGGUGGCUGCGUAUGCAGAUCAUGACACACAUGCCUGCUGCCAUUUCAGAUCGGCUCUAUGUCUAUUGAGGCCUCACACUCCUAAGCGACACAGAUGGGAAAUUUGUUUCAAAGAGAGCAUUGUACACAGUUCCUAUUAGCUAUUUUUAAACUUUUCUAACCUCAUUUCAGAGUACUGUAUUUUAGCUCUAAAAGGUUCAUUUAAACAUCUGACAUAACUUAAAGGGCAGUGAUUUGCAAGGGAUGCUUCAUAGGCAGGAAUAUAUUAUGUUUGUUUAGGGACAUUAUUUCUUUGCUAUUUAUUUCAUGUAAUCCCUUUCUUUUUCCACCUCAACUGUCAAGUUAAAAUCAUUAUUUAAAUUGCAAUUGCUCCAAAAUGUUUUCAGAAUAAUUUUUGCUGAUGGUUGUACAGUUUUUAGAAUUCCUGCCUAGGAUGCAGCCUUCACACCUAAAACAGAGGCCCUCUGUUUUGUAGCAGCGAAUGACUGCCUCCAGAUGCCUGAAAGUGUCCAAUAGAUUUUUCCAGGACUGAUCACAGAAGCCCAAGGUAGAGCAGAGGCUUCUUUCAUUUGAGGAUCAGAACUCAAAACAUUCAAAGUGCUGAAACUGAGCAACUGACCCUAUUCUUUCCUCUCUUAGAGUUGUACCAAUGAAGCUUAAGUGAAAAUGAACUAGUCUCCUUCUCUUGCAUGCUUGCUUGUAACAAUUCAGUGAACCAGGGACUCAGUUUUGCAGACCUUUCUCACAGGAGUUUCUUAUUCAUAUGAGCAUUCCCAUGAGUGUGAGAAGCUUUACUCACAGGACUACAAGUAUCAGGAUUGGCCCAUAGUAAUAUUUCUCUUCUCUUCAACAAUAGUUGAACAUCAGCUCCAGAAUUAGUUUGGAAUAGAAUUUCACUCCAGUUCCUGUAACUUGUGCAGAUCACAGCUGACCACAGGAAGCAAAGAGUGUUACAGUCAUGUCAGCAAAUGCCAUUCUGAUCAGGGACCUCAGAGUUGCACUGAGGUAUUUGUACAGCACCUUGCACAGAAGGGCCUUAAUCCUAACCAGGGCCUCUAGACACUGUUACAGUGAAGGUGAUAAAAACUUUCACUGAAGGAGUCAUUGAGCCAAAAUACAUAUAAUGUGAUAUAAAUCUAACAGAAUGUCUGUAACACAGUAAAAUUAACCUCAAGAGCAGUUUAAUUUCUAUGAUGGUUAUGUUUACAUGUCUGAGAAACAUUUGUUUUGUACUUUAAGAAAAGAAAAGAAAAAAAACAAAAGAGCUUUUCAUGGGGGACUAUUGAAAGAGUUAAUUUUUUUAAGCUUGAAAGGCAAAAAACCCAAAAAAGUAAGUAAAGUAACCAUUAUUAGCAAAGUUGAAGAGAAGGAUUUCAUGUGCUCUAGUAAUGUACUUCGACAAGUUGAGAGUACGUGAACAAACUCCUUUGGCUUAAUAAAUCUGUAUAUGAAUGUUAACAAAA